AAGGAGAAGAUUCGUGAGUGACUCAUCAUCUCUGUCUCUGUCGCUGUUUCCUUCUUCUCUUCUUCUUCUUCUUCUCCUUUUCCAAAACUCUUUAAUAUCUUUGUUACUUCCAUUAUUAUAUUUUUUUCUGUUUUUUUUUUUUUUUCUUUUAUUAUCUUCAUCGCUUAAAGGUUCAACUUCGAUCUCAACAUCACAAGAGUAGGAGCUGAAGAAAACAGAACCAAGCUAGUUAGGCUAGACCAGCAAGUAAAUUAUUGCUGGCUAGCAAAAGAAGAGUUUUUGUUUAGUGGGUUUUUGAUAUAUUGAAUCACUCCCUAUGAGCCCUCAAAGCGUAUCGAAGACGAGCAAAGCCCUUGAGGGUCUCCAUGGGGUUCGUGUUGUGUCUCAUUCUCCUUUUGGAUUUGAGAGUAUCGGUCAAGUCUCUAGCUUUGAGUCCGCUGAUGCAGGAACAAAGCAGAGGCUAUUCAUUGAACGUGUCUGGCAACAAAGACCUCCAUGCUUAAGACCCAUACAUUGUUGCAUCCACGGUGAUCGGAGUAUCUUAGAAACAGCUGCUAAUGUGAUCACAUCGAUCCCUUUCAUUUUCCUCGGUAUGCAAACACCGAGGAAAAACCUGAACAUGAAGGUGUAUGCAAACUCCUUAAUCGGAGUUGGAAUCGCAUCGAGUUUGUAUCAUUCUUCAAGAGGGAAGUUGAGGAAGUAUCUUAGAUGGGCUGAUUACACAAUGAUAGCUACAGCGACAGUAUGUCUAACGAGGGCUCUUAGAGAAGAGAAUCCAAAGUUCUUGAUGGCUGCAUCAGCUUUGGCUCUACCGUUCCAGCCUCUCGUGGUAUCAGCUGUUCACACUGGAAUGAUGGAGGUAGCAUUUGCGAAACGAGCCUUAGAGGAUCCAGAUUUGAAAAUGGCUUAUGAUGUACACAAGAUGUCUUCGUUGUUGGGCGGAGCAUUGUUCAUAGCUGAUGAUCUUUUCCCUGACACACCAUUCAUUCACGCCGGUUGGCAUCUCGCUGCAGCCAUUGGCGUUGGAACUUGCAACAAGCUUCUUCAGUAGUCCACAUGUAGCAAAUAUAUUAUUUGAGUGAUUGUGGAACUGCCAUAUUCUUGGUUCAGAGACACCACUCUUUAUAUGUGGUUUCACUGAGCUCCUAAAUCAGCCGACAUAACUAGUAAUUAUUGUAGUCAUCUCUAUCUUUAAAACUGUAAGGAAUCGAAACAAGUCACCUGUUGUAAUUUUAGGACAAAACACAAAACACUUUGUUUUUUCCCU